AUGAGAUUCGCGGAAGGACCACGUGGACGAGAUAGGAGCGCUUCUCAGGGCGCAUGGCGCGUGUCCCACGUGUCAGCGAGAUCUGCAGCCUCGCAGAUCUGCUGGAGCUCUCCCUACCGACCGACUUUCGGCAUGUCGCUCUCCGUGUCUCACGGCAGCUCGCAACGUGCAGCAGCGGCCGCGCAAAGCGGACAUGCCGAGUGGGAAUGCCAAGCGAGUGCCCAAUUCAUUCCUCUCCGCAUGGCGACGGCUGGCAUGCGCGUGCUGGUGCUGGCGGCGCUGGCGGUGGGGCUGCUGGCGGCGGCGGUGAGUGGAGCGCGGGACGCCAUGAAGGUCGCCAGGGGCCUCGUCCCAUCGGAGGGGGGCGCGCCUGGCGGGGCGGGGGCGGCGGGGCAGCAGAGGAAGGGCGCGCGCAUUCUGGCGGCUGAGACCUUCGCUCACAACGCCCCUCUGCCCGGCUACCUCGACCACAUCCCCCGCCGCCAGGCCCUCGCCACCUGUACGCAACGCUGCUCCCUCUCUUCCCUGCUUUGGUUCUUUGCUCUGCUGUUCCUUCCUUCUCACUGCCCGUCCCUGCUCUCCUUGCCUCUCAUUUUGCUGCUCUCCUUGCCUUUCCCUGGUGAUUUCAUUCUGAACCUGCGGGCGCACGACGGUGACGAUCCGCUCGCAGUACCUGGGGCCGUACGACCUGCACAACGUAACCUCACUCCUGCCCCCUCUCUCCCCUUUUCUCCCUCCCCUCCUUCCCCUGUCCUCCUCCCAGCAUGUGGGCGCACGACGGUGACGAUCCGCUCGCAGUACCUGGGGCCGUACGACCUGCACAACGACAUCUACAACAUGACCUUCUACAACGGCUGCGCCUACAACGUCACCAGCCCGCUGCGCGUGUGGCAGUGCUUCAACUUCGGCAACGUGUGGGAGGGCAUCCUCGACAACCCCGAUCCCAACCCCUCGCAGUACCAGCAAGGCGAAAUCUUUGUGCAGACGACGCCGGGGUACUGUGAGAUGCGCAUGAACCGCGGUGCGAGCGGCACUCUGCAGAUGCUCCCCGGGGAGACGGUCAACAUUGUGUAUGCGUACUUGUGGGACUUCCGGCCCUGCGUGCAGGAGCUGCGCUUCGGCAACGGCAACAGCUACUCCAUGACCAACACCACCGAGUGCCAGCUCGCCCAAACCAUCUAG